AUGGAAGAUAAUGAAGAGGCAUCUCACCCUUUGGAUUUAGACAAUCAACCAUUAGAACAUCAGCUAAGUACUCAGUACUCACAAAGCUCUCAAACACCAAGUGAAUACAUUAUUAUUGAGAGUGAUGAAGAUCCAGACAAUGAAGAGGACCAAGAGCAGGGAUAUGAAGAGGACGAUGAUGAUGAUACUGGUAUUGAGGAUGGUGAUGGUGUAGAUAGUAAUGAGGGUAGUCCUGAGGGAAAAGAUAAUUAUGAUGAUGGCAAUGUUGAGGCUGCUGAUGGGACAGAUCCUAGUACAGAUGAACAAGCUACAAAAGAAAGUACUCAAGUUUCAGAGGAUAAUUCUGGAGGUGAAGGUUGUGUCACCACCACAGAAUCCUACACACCAGAAACUCCAAGACAGCAACAGGCAGUUUUUGAAAGACCAGAUUCACGAGCUCGACACUCACCAAGGAGACCACCACAUCCUCUUCCGCCAAGACUUACAAUACAACCUCCAGCCCCAGAACAGGGACCACCUGCACAGAGAUUUCCACCAGCCAGGCGACCUUCAUCAAGUCGAGGGGGAAUUCAGCUUACUCCAGGCAUUGGAGGGGUGCAGCAACAUUUUGUUGAUGAAGAUGACAGAAUGGUGCCCAGUACACCGACACUUGUUGUGCCCCACCGAUCAGAUGGGUUUGCAGAAGCCAUUCCUUCUCCCCAGGUUGCAGGAGUACCUCAAUUUAGGUUUGGACCACCCGAAGAUAGGAAUCAAACUGGUUCAAGUCAGUCUGAUCUUGGGCAAUUGGCCUCACAAGGGGGUUUAGGAAUGUAUGAAACUCCAAUUUACCUUGCUGCUGUUCACGAAGAUGAAUCUGGAGGCCGCAGUGUACCGACCACACCGCUGCAAGUUCAUGCACCAGUGACUGUUUUCAGUGAGGGACCACAAAGAGAUAUAACUGAGCAUGCCUCCCAGUCUGUUCCUAUGGUUGCAACAUCCACGAGCAAUCUGUCCAGCACAGUUGAAUCUGGAGGUGGUGAUGAUGACCCAAGACCCCAAGCUCAAGACCCAAAUCAAGACGGGCUUAGUUCAGAUGUUGUGUUAGAAAUUGAUGGACCUCAGGAGGAAGAAUCUGCCCAGCCUUCAGACGAAGCUGAUAUUGCAUCCACUAGCCAGGAUCCUCCUAGUUCAGCUGAUGCUGCCAUCACACAACCUAAACCUUUGUGA